GCCGGCCUCUCUCUCCUCGGCGGACUCGCACCCUCCCACUCUCUAUGGUUCGCGCGGCCUAGCGCCGCCGGUCACGUGAUUUCCUCCUAGGCUGCUGGCAGGAGACGGCGCGCGCGCCGGAUGUCAGAUCUAUCCAUAUGCAAAUUUCACAAAGAUGGACAGUGAAGUGCAGAGGGAUGGAAGAAUCCUGGAUUUGAUUGAUGAUGCAUGGAGAGAAGAUAAAUUACCCUAUGAGGAUGUAGCAAUACCAUUGAAUGAGCUUCCUGAACCAGAACAAGAUAAUGGUGGCACAACAGAGUCAGUGAAAGAACAAGAAAUGAAAUGGACAGACUUGGCUUUGCAAUAUUUGCAUGAAAAUGUUCCCCCAACAGGAAACUAGAGAAUCAGUGUUAUUUCAUGGAAUGAUUUCAAUACAAGAAGAUGUUUUCCAGCAUAUCUUCACCAAACCUUUAAAAAUCUUCUAGUCUCAAACAGCUGUUUUACUCCACAAAAGCAAAAUACCGUUUAAAAGGCCCCAUGUAACCAAUAUAAAAUAACUGACAUCCUAAAGCUGCGGGGAGAUAGAGUGCUUUUUCACUUACACAAAAAUAUUUGGAGUCCUGUUGUGUUGACAACUUCUUUAUAAGUUCAUCUUAAUUGUCUUUUGCAUAUGCUCAGAAAGGUAGUUAUCACUACCUGAAUGCUGAUCAUUGAUCUCAGAAGUGAUUUGGUGAAUAUUUGUGGUUGCUUUGAUGUUUUAUAGACCCAAAGCGAUUCUUUUAUGUUUUGGUGUUACUGUUAGUUGCUCGGGUUUUGCACCAUGAUCUCUAUGAACCAACUUUUACUGCCUUUAACUUGCCUGUGACACAGGAAGGUUGUUUGGGACAGAGAGAAAGGUUAAUGAACAGGAUUAAGGGACUGAAAUUGGUCUGUAAACACAAAUGAGACUGGGAAAGAAGUUCUUUAUAAAGUAAGCAGUCUUGGAAUUUGCCUAUUCUGGUUAGAGCACAUUCCCAACACGGACAUCCUGUAGUCUGUUUGCUAAACAGCAUACUGUAAAAGAACAAUUUAUAUUAAAAGGCUUUGUUAGUGGUGACUCAAAGUAAUUGCCCUUUUAUGUAUGUUUGUGAAUUACGUGGAAGGUAUUGCUGACCUCAAUCCAAUGUCUGUGAAUGGGUGUCCACACCAUUCUUGGCACCCUUAUUAACAGUCUCAGAUAGGAGACAGAGUAAAUUGUCAUCUCAGCCAUGGAGAUGGUGCCUGCAGCAAAGGAUGGAGACAUGUUUAUUUUAAAAUGGGGUCAUUGAGAUAAACAGCUGAAAUGCCUAUUGAAAUCAAUAAGAGUUGCAACUGCUUACUCCGGGGUUUAAUUUGGCUUAUGAGAGCCAUCAUCUUGCUUGCAUGAGAAUACCAGUCAACAAUAGGCAUACAUUUAACAUUAUCAGAAGUAUGCCUAGCAAUAGAUACAUACACAAUUAAAACUGAUACACCUUUACCCCGAUAUAACACGACCCGAUAUAACACGAAUUCGGAUAUAACACGGUAAAGCAGCACUCCGGGGGGGGCGGGCUGCACUCUGGUGGAUCAAAGCAAGUUCGAUACAACGCGGUAAGAUUUUUUGGCUCUCAAGGACAGCAUUAUAUCGAGGUAGAGGUGUAUUACAUACAAAAACAACAUUAAGAGAACAUUAUAGUUGCGAAGUCAAACAUGAAAGUUAGGAAAUGCCAGAAUAAAGGUUCCCUGUGUAACCCUAAUUCUUGAGCUGUAGCCCACGAAAGCUUAUGCUGAAAUAAAUGUGUUAGUCUCUAAGGUG